UCACAAAGCGACCGUUAAUACUCUCAAAUGAAAAAUUAGCGCCAAUUGACUGAUGAAUGGCCCAAGACAAGCUUUUGCCAAAGCCAAGCACGUCCUCAGUACCAGCCCAGCCACUCGAUCCCUCACCAGAACGAAACAAUUCCAUGCCCACACCAUCACAUCAGGCCUUCUCUCACCGCAACUCCACGCAAACCUUGCAAGGUUGUAUGCUUUAUGUAGUCACGUUCCAUAUGCACGCAAACUGUUCGAUGAAUUGCCUGACCGGAGCUCAUUUUUAUACAAUACGGUGAUAAGAAUGUAUGUAUGCAAUGGCUUACCCUAUGAGGCACUUAACGUGUUUUCUCAGAUGCUGGCCCUAGGGCAGAGCUGCCCGGAUACGUUUACGUAUCCUGUUGUUAUUAAGGCAUGUAGUGACUUGUCUUUGGUUGAUGUUGGUGUUGUCAUUCAUGGAAAAACAGUGGUUUCUGGGUUUCAUUUGGAUGUGUUUGUUCAGAACACUUUUCUGGCGAUGUAUAUGAGUUGUGGGCAGAAGGAAUCGGCAAAAAGGGUUUUUGAUGCAAUGCAGGAACGAAGUGUGGUGUCUUGGAAUACCAUGAUCAGUGGCUACUUUCGAAAUGGGUGUGCCAAGGAAGCUUUGAAUGUUUUUGAUUGGAUGAUGAAUGUGGGUGUGGAGCCGGAUUGUGCCACUGUGGUUUCUGUGUUGCCGGCUAUUGGUUACUUGAAGGCAAUGGCGUUGGGAAGACAAGUUCAUGCCUUUGUGGAAGAGAAGGGUUUGGGGAAGAUGAUUACGCUGUGGAAUGCAUUGGUGGAUAUGUAUGUAAAGUGUGGUAGCAUGAGUGAGGCACGAUCAGUUUUUGAUAACAUGGCUGAGAGAGACGUCGUGACAUGGACAACUAUGAUCAAUGGGUACAUUUUGAAUGGUGAUGCAAGAGGUGCACUGGGGCUUUGUUGGUUGAUGCAGUGUGCAGGUGUAAAACCCAAUUCCGUAACAAUAGCUUCUCUUCUUUCGGCCUGUGGGAGUUUGCAUCUGUCAAAGCAUGGACGGUGCUUGCAUGGCUGGGCUAUUAGGCAAAAGCUUGAAUCUGAUGUUAUAGUGGAGACUGCUUUAAUUGACAUGUAUUCAAAAAGCAAUUGUGUUGACCACAGCUUUCAAGUGUUUGCACACACUUCAAAAAAGAGAACGGUUCCCUGGAAUGCAAUGAUCUCUGGCUGCAUUCAUAAUAGGCUUGGGAGAGAAGCGAUAGGACUUUUCAAACAGAUGCUCGUGGAAGCAGUACAGCCCAAUGAAGCAACCAUGAACAGUCUCCUUCCUGCAUAUUCCAUUCUUGUUGAUUUUCAUCAAGCAAUGAAUAUACAUGGUUACCUAAUAAGAUCUGGUUUUCUUUCAUGUAUUGAAGUUGCUACUGGUUUGAUUGAUUCAUAUUCGAAGUGUGGAAAUUUAGCAUAUGCUCACCAGAUUUUUAAUGAAAUCCCAGAAAAGGACAGGGAUAUUAUCCUAUGGAGUGUGAUAAUAGCUGGUUAUGGAAUGCAUGGCCAUGGUGAAGUUGCUGUUUCACUUUUCUAUCAGAUGGUUCAAUCUUGGGUGAGACCGAAUGAUGUCACUUUUACCUCUGUUCUUCAUGCUUGCAGCCAUGCCGGUUUGGUUGAUGAAGGCUUGGGAUUGUUCAGGUUCAUGCUUGAAGAUCGGAAAGCGAGUCCUCAGGCUGAUCACUACACAUGCAUUGUUGAUCUUCUUGGUCGAGCAGGUCGGUUAGUUGAAGCUUAUGAUCUGAUUAGAACAAUGCCGUUUCAGCCUAACCAUGCUAUUUGGGGUGCACUACUUGGUGCCUGUGUGAUACAUGAGAAUGUUGAACUGGGAGAGGUGGCUGCUAAGUGGCUGUUUGAGCUUGAGCCAGAAAAUACAGGAAAUUAUGUGUUGAUGGCUAAAAUCUAUGCUGCAGUGGGAAGGUGGAAAGAUGCAGAAAACCUGAGACAUAUGAUGAACGAAAUAGGGUUAAGAAAAACACCAGCUCACAGUCUGGUUGAGGUCAGAAAUAUGUAAAAAAGCAAUAAUGUGAUAGUUCUUUACUCCAAGUGGGUAAAAAUCAAGGCUUCAACUAAAGCAUCUAGUCAAAACAGAAACUUGUAGUCCAAGUAGAGUUUCAUACAUGAAACAUUUGUAUCCAACACAACACUUGAUCAAAUGGAGAAGUGGGAUGUCUUCUCAAAGAGUUCAUAUGCACAAGCUUCAUAUAUUUCUUCUGGUGAAUUAGAUUAAAUCAUUGCUGCAGCAGUGUGAGUUUUUAUAAUCAUUUUGGGUAAAGAGUUCGAGAUUACUCCAGGAAGGCAAUUCGUUACAAGAUAGAUCGUACUAAACUUUGGAAGGCCCUAGCCUGAUCAGUGGCUCUGAGGUACUCAAAGAACAUCUUAACUGGGAUGUAUGUUGCAAAAUGUGAUGUAAAGAUUACAUGUAUCUGCAAGAACUUGACUUCAACUACUUCUUUUUUGGUUGAUUAUUUUUGUUGGCGACAUAGUCAAUUUAGAUCAUUUUGGGGUCUACUUUAUUAUGUCAGAAUAUGCUUUU